UGUAUGAUGACAAACACGUGUGGCUCAGUUGACGCAGGUGCACCUAACGGCCCCGCAGCGGCCCCUGGUGGCCGGCAGGCAGCCAGCCCUGUGAUGAGGGGGCUCCAGUUACGGGACAGCAGCGGGUCUCUGCUGAUGAAUGGAGACCUGUGAACAAUAACACCUCGGUGGCUCAGACGUUGUUCGCAUUGCUCCACCACGGGGGGAACUCUUCAACCAGUUCGCCUCGGGCUCUCAGGAAACUAACCGACUCCUGCAUUAGUUACACCGGCGGUUUGUGUUCCUCUCCGUCAUGGCGAUUGCCCACGUCGCGACGGAGUACAUGUUCUCCGACUUUUUGCUGAAGGACCAGUCUACGGAGGCCAAGUACAAGGGGCUGCGUGCGGAGCUGGCGGUGGACAAAAUAGUGACGGUGCUGGUGGUGGGGCUGCCUCUGUUCCUCAUCUCGCUCGCCUUCGCUCAGGAGGUGUCAGUAGGUACACAGAUCAGCUGCUUCGCUCCCACAAACUUCUCAUGGAGACAGGCCGCAUACGUGGACUCUUUCUGUUGGGCCGCAGUGCAGCAACAGGCUGACAGUUCUCCACUGUGGAUGCACAAGUUCUUUCCAUACAUCCUGCUCUUACUGGCCAUCCUCAUGUACAUCCCGGCCCUGUUUUGGCGUUUCACUGCGGCGCCGCACCUCUCCUCCGACCUCAACUUCAUCAUGGAGGAGCUCGAUCGCUUCUACAACCGUGCCAUCAGACUGGCAAAGAAUCUGGCAUCCAACAAGGAAGUGCAAGAGGACAACCAGAGCGCUUUGGAUCUGACUGAGGCCUGCUUCAAGUACCCUUUGGUGGAGCAGUAUCUGAAGACCAAGCGCUCCUCUCACUGCCUUGUGGUCAAGUACCUGGUCUGCCGGGGCCUGACCCUGCUGAUCCUCCUGCUGGCCUGCCUUUACCUCGGCUACUACAUCAAACUGGCCUCCUUAACCGACGAGUUCUCCUGUGACCUGCGGACAGGAAUCCUGAAGAACAACAGCAUGGUGCCGGCCGCUGUCCAGUGCAAGCUGGUAGCAGUUGGCGUCUUCAGGCUGCUCAGCUACAUCAACCUGGUGGUGUACGUGCUUCUCGCUCCCCUGGUGGUGUACGCUGCUCUGGGCCCGGCACGCCAGAGCUCCGACUUCCUCCGGCCUUAUGAGAUUCUGCCUGGGUUUGGUGCUUUGGGGGUGGUCACGCCAUUCUAUAACGACCUCAGUAUCUAUCUGCUGUUCCUGCAGGAGAACCUGAGUGAACUCAAAUCCUAUAAGUGUCUGCAGGUGCUAGAGUUACUGCAAGCAGCAGGUGAUGAGGGGUUUGACUCCAUGUGCCUGCUGAGGACUCUGGGUCAGGUGAAGACUGACGUUCUAGACGGUAAGGGGACGUGCAAAAAGAAGAGUGCAAGCAAGGACACCAAGAACACUACUAAGGCUGAAGCAUGAUUCUGAAGUAACUGACGCGAUGAGGAUGAGCCCUACCUCGAUGGAAAAGAAGAAGCGCGAGUUAACCUUGUGCACCUACUUUAAUCUGAACUGCUGUUGGUGCUUUAACCUACAAAAGUGUAAUCCAUAGGAAGGAACAUAUUUUGUAGUUUUGGCCAAGAGACCUUACUUUUACCUCUUAUAUAUCAUAUUUUUUAUAGUUAUGAAUAGUCCUGAUGACAAGUUACUCAGGUCUGAGAUAACCCUUUUUUCUGAAAUGAAAUUCCUGGGUUUUAAUGUUUGUCUUUGCUACAUGUUACCUUUCUCAGGAUCUGAAAUUCCUUCCAGUCAUUAUAUACUGUAAAAGCCAUUUUCCUUGGAAUUAAUUUUCCAGCUGCAAAAGCCUUCUCCCUGGGCUUUAUGGUAAAAAUUGACUGCUGGUGAUGCUUUAACCUACAUAAGUGUAAUCCAUAAAUGUAAUCCACAGGGAAAGAAACACAUUUAGUAUUUUUGGCAAACAGACGUUUUGUUUAUCUGUGUCAUAUUUUUUUAUAUAUAUGUGAAUGUGUUAUGGACCUGGGAAGCCUUUCAGAACAAAGAAUCCAGUGACACAAAAAUGGAUACCGCAGGCAUCCAGGUACGAACAGGCAGGAAGCGGAAGAUCUUCCCCACUGUUGCCACAGCCAUCGACAACUCCAGCUGAAGAAAAUCUGUAACCAAGCUGGGGUCUGAUCCACCUGGGUGGUCGCCAAGCAGGGGUGUGUCUGAUGUUAAAAAACCAUAGGACCCCAGGUAACAUCUCCUCUGACUAGUUCAGAGGAGAAGUUACUCAGGUCUGAGGCAACCCUUUUUUUCUGAAAGGAAAUUCUUUGCUGGUGUUGUUUUAACCUACAAGUGGAAUCCAUGGGAAAUAAAAGUAUUUUAAAUUCAGUAGUUUUGGCCAACAGACGUUAGUAACAUUAGAAAAGUUUUCGAGCGCUUAGUUUACGUGUGUUUAUAGUUUAGGAGGAAAAUAAAAACCUGUAAUGACUGGUGAACUUUGAUCCAUCCAAAGUAGCCUUACAUAUUGUUAGAAACACUGGAGAGCAUUUGUUUGGACUGUGAUUAUUUAUGUGUAAAUGUUACAUGAACAAUAGCGUUUACUGACCCUGUUGUA